UCGUAGCAAAAAAAAUAUCGAUUCGUUUUGAGCUUUCCCAGUGAUUCAUUUCUGGAACAAUCUGCCACAGUCCCGAUUAGAUACAGUAGUUACAAAUUUACAAUACAUCCCAGGGAUGCAGGUUUUGUUUAUUUAUUGAAAAUAUUCUUCUCAGGAAACUUGUGUAUUAGAAUAUUUGGUCUCUCAAUUCUUUCUUCUUGUAUAAGAUAUCAUUCCAGAUCUUGUCGACUGCGGGAAACAGGAUUGUGACAGUGUUAGUUAUUUUUACGGUUGCUUGGUUAGAAGUCAGUUUAAAGGUUUCCUUGAUAGCAAAGGAAUUCUUCCUUUUUCGAGCUUAGUUUCGAAACUCGUCAAAUUGAUAAACAGCUGGAGAAUGGUCUGCAUCCCGUGCAUCGUUAUUCCGGCACUGUUGUGGGUGUAUUAUCGGUUUCUUCGUCCGUUCAUGGGACCAGUUUUGGAUAAACUGGAUCAUUGGCUAAAACCGUGGCUGGAGCCCUUGAAGACCAAGUUCCUUGGGUAUGGCGCAUGUCCCAUUGGCGGACGGAAUAAACAAGGAGUCAUCAAGACUAAGCCAACAGCCUCUGCUCCUCCUGAUGAGAGACGCAGCGGACUUCAGAAAAGAGACGAUCAAGAUAUUGAUAUUGAUAGCGAAGAGAAACUGCACAGGGUGGUGGAAUCGGGAUCGUUCGGGGCCAGCGUUGCUGAUUUACGGAAGCGCCCUGUUCCUUCUGCGCCUGCUGAAUUGGGAUCCGGUGAUCAGUGAUCCCGGUACUGGAACAGCGCGCUGUAAAAAUUAAGAAUGUACGACAACCGUGGACACUGAUUACUGUACUUGAAGAUUCCCACAACUCUAAUAAUUUGUUUGAUAUUUUUACUGCAGUAUAUGAUAUAUUUAUUGACAUGAUGCGCGAUUUUGAUCGAUGCAGAGAAUCCAUGAUUAUGCUGAAAUUUUAUGAUGAUUCGACAGUUUGCUAAUGCUAAUCAGGAUUCGUGGAUCUAAUUGUCUAAGGCUAAUUAAUGAGUACGGAUCUAUUUGGGGUAGCUUUAUAUUGUAUUGUCGUUCAGCUACAUAUCUAUAUACCUAGUUUGUUUUCGUAAUAGAUAUUUUCUAUAUGGUCCCGUUGUUAAUGUGAGUGAGCUGCGGUGUUUCCGGCUCAGGUUGCAAAAAUUUAUGAAUUCCAUUUACUGAUGCGCAUAUUUCUUUUCUCCGUUUUUUUUCGAUACGCUGAUUAGAAAUUAUGAAUCAAUUUCAUGAGUUAUCACAGAGGCGGAUAAGAUGGCACAAUUUCCGGAGAGAUUUCUGUUUUCUUUGAUCUGUGUUCUUUGGAUAAGGAAGUGAUAUAAAGGUCAAGAUUACUGUG